CUAUGUUGGUAUUUCUUCUUCUUUACCUAAGCUUUUAAAAAAAAACAAAAAAAACUCUCAUUUCUUUUCUUACUUUUUAUUAUUUUUGUAGGCAUGAGUGAAACCAUGCCAAAUAACCCCACAAAUUGGAUGCAAUUUUAUCAACCUCAAAGAUCUCCACAAACCACUAUGUUCUCCGAUGCCACAAUUGUCACCACCACAGCCUCUUCCGUAGUUAGUGCUCCAGAUCACCACCAACACCAACACCAACACGUUACCGGGCCAUCUGACGGGCGUGUUUCCAAGCCCAUCAGACGACGAUCAAGGGCUUCCAGGCGUACUCCAACCACCGUAUUAAACACGGAUACAACUAAUUUCCGUGCCAUGGUUCAACAGUUCACUGGUGGAUCUGUUGCACCAUCACAAGGGGGCUACUUGGGCUUUGGGCCCAACAAUCAGCAAAUUAUGAAUCCCAAUACCUACAAUAUCCAAUUUCAAGCGCAGUCAGUGCCACAAAAUCCAUUGUCUUACAUGUUCAGUACAUUGGGUAGUUCUACUACUCGACCAUCUCCAUCUAUUCAGAGUCGUGCCGGUAAUUUUCUCCAUAGACUCAACGACAAUACUUCUUCUCCUUCUAAUGAGAACAAAUCGGAAAAUAAUUUCACCUUCUAAUUAAUUAAAGAGAAAUUGACUUUGUGAUUCUGUCGUUUUCACUACAUUAAUAUUCCCAUGAAAAAGCUGAGAUUUUUUUCUCUCAGUAACUUGUACAUAGCCCCUCAACAACAACAAUAUCCUUCCUCGUUGCUUCAGUUUAUAUUAGUCUAAGUUUAAAUUUUGUUGUAUUAAUCAGUUGUAAUUUUCUUCAUAUCUUUAUUUCUUUCCUUUUGACAAAACACUGUUAUUUGGAGUAAUAGAGAUUUUCUUUUAAUAUAUUAGAUAAA